AUGGUCUCACCCACUCAACACCCACCAUUGGGCAUCAAAGUCCUCAUUGUCAGCACUGGAUUUGGAGGAAUAACAGCUGCCAUCAAGUGCCAUAAUAAAGGGCACCAAGUCAUCCUCCUCAAGGUCUUUACAGAGCUUAAGAUACUUGCACUCUGGGAUGUCUAG